AUGUUUUAUAACAUAGGCCAUGUGACACAUUUGACAACAAACUUGUUUUUACGGUUUUGUUUGGAAGAAAGUGAUGCACCGUUAUACGAGUAUGUAGCUUACGAUGCACUAUUCGAUUUAAAUAGAGACAUGGAUACGGGUGCUUUGGAGAAAAUUGGUGAUUUUUUAAAUUUGUUCGAUCAUUACGAUGAGUUUUUACCGGAGCAGCAUGUAAGGAGCGCACUAAAUAACCGGAGAAUACGAUCCAGAGAAGAGCAGUUUAAAAUUGCUUUAAAAAAAGAAAUGAAGUUAUUCCCAAACAGACACGUGGUAGUGAAGGAGAUAUUAGUAUCGUGUAGAAUUGUAAGGCUCCCGAUGACCAGAGUUAUGUGCGAGAAAAUUGUUGAUAUGAUGCGAAACAGAUCAGAGAUGAUCUUCACGAUAAAAGAUCUUCAUACGAUUUUGUUAAACUGGUUUUGGUAUUUUAUGAAGGAAAAAAGAGCAGUUUUUAAUAUUUGUCAGGUACUUCAAAGCAUACCUAACUCCCUGUACAAGCUGCGGUGCCUGGAUGAAGAAAAAGGCACUGAAAAUGGCCAACCGACCAAGAGACUGAGAAUGGACAACUGGCCUUUGCAAACAAACAUCGAUUUAAAUGUACUACGUUGUGCCGUUCAAUCAGAGAUGUGCUUUACAUUGCGAGACGAUGAUUUCCAAACAUCAGUAUCACCCGAAAAUCAGAGCCGCAAUAAGCUUGAAUGGCAAUUCGACCUCAAGGAUCUGAAUAUAGGAUAUCUCAUCAGCGAGCUUGAAAUAAAUUACAGAUACCUCAUCGAAAAUGAGCAAUUACUUCACAAAAAGUUCGCUGAUGACUGCUCACUGAUUGUAACGGUAAAUUUGGAAGUUGUAAAACGAAAAUCGAAUAUGUCUGAUGAACGCAUCGUUGAACAGAUGGUUCGUAAUACCUUGGCAUCACAGUUCUUAAAUUGCGACAGUGUCACAGACAUAAUACUUUAUGUUCAUGGCGGUGACUGCCCACAAGACCUAUUCGAGAUACCGCUAUCAAAAAAAUUUACCAAAAUAAUUCUCGUAAAUUGCUCGCUUCGUCUUGUGCAGGCCUUGUCAUAUUAUACAGAACAUGUGUGUGUUCAUAGCGAUGCCUACAAAUUUCAAAAAUUGCAAUUGUUACCGGCCAAUGUCAAAGAAUUGAGGCUAACCAAUCUAAAAUUCCUAAAUGAUUAUUUAUUGCCCGAUAAUAUCGAGUGCUUUGCGUUGAAGAAUAGCGUUCUAUCAAAUGGAUCUGUGUUGAGAAUAAAUGAGAAUAUCAGGGCGAUUGACGUGGUGUCAACACCUGGCCAUUAUUCCCUGCCGAAGAGAACAGGGUUGAGCGAUAUUGUUCUGCCGGAAACAGAUGGUUGUGCGUUGGAAUUUGUCCAUUGCAUCGAUAAUAGCGCAUGCUUACGAAUGGAAAGUGUCGAAAUAGACCAGGAGGUAACGCUGCCCUUUACAAACAUCUCAUUGAUAAACGUGAGUGUAUCGAGUAGACUGGUUAUAGCUGAGACAAUGGAAAAGAUUGUGAUUAAUAAGUGUUCUGGUCUUUUUGAUAUUUCUAAUAUUUUAUUGGACUACAAAGGCAAGUUUAACAGGGGAAUGUCGCUCAGGUAUGAAAUGAACAAAGGAACAAGCGCAUUAGAAAUUAGAAAAUUUGUGUUUAAUAAUACGAUUAAGAUUAGAGAAGACGUAUCUACGCUGAUAUUAGAUCGUAUAAUCGUAGAGAGAAAUUCAAGUCUAGAAGUAAAUACGCGCUGUGAAAAGAUAGUCGUUAAUGGCUGUUAUGCACGCAUAAUCUUGUCUAAUAUCAUAAAUUUGACUAACAUUGACCUCAGUACAUAUGGUGUUGAUGAUUUAGUUCUUGUUUUUCCGCGAUGUUUGGAUACGGUGAAGAUUCUUAAAAUACGGUACAACUAUGUCAACACCUGUGUGUUGGAGAAGUUGGUUAAAACAUGUAGAAACAUGGAAAGGUUUCAUCUUUGGCAUUCACUUCAGGAGAUGAGCGAGAAUGCUGGUACUUAUAUGCUGGGCAGCAUAGAUAGCUGUGAUGGUAUGCCACAUGAAGUGGCAUACCCUCUGGAACCGCACAACAACACACACAGCAGAACUACCAGUAAUUCACAACAUAUUCAUUGGAAGAGAAACACUAAAAUUAAUGAAUUUUUAUGUUCUGUACUUGCAGAGCAUGCAAAUACAAACAUAUAUGAAAUGGAGUUGUCUGGAUUUGCGAUCACAUAUGAUAAUUUUCAUCAAAUACAUCUCCAUUAUCUGUUGGAACGGCUUGUUCUGUGCCCUUACUGGCUUUUAUCCGCUAUUUUCCAACAUUCUUUCCCCAUGCUGAAGUAUUUGAAGCUUUGCCAAGGCUACGAACAAGAAACAGACAUGACGCGCAUAAAAGAUCCUUCCAACGCGUACUUAUCGACUUUCCACCAGCUUGAAACCUUCAUUUCAACGAAUUAUAUUUUUGGAGACCCCCAGUUUCUGCUCUCGUUACCGAAAAACCUUAAGAACUUGGAAUUACCGCUGUACGAGUUUGAGGAUGAGCUGCUCACUGAGAUUGUGAGAGACAAACUGAGAAUAAGGAGACUUGUGAUACACCAUCCUAAUUUUGGUGAGGAACUCUUCGAAAACAACAAAAUCAAUGAAGCAUCGACGCUAGCGGAAAUGGUUCGUACACUGUGCGAAUAUUUAGAGUUUACUUCGCUCGAUUUCUUUGCAUACAAGUCUGGGCACGUAAUUUAUUAUCUUGAUCCGAUAAGCUUGAAGAUUAUCGAGUCCACAAAUGAAACUGCUGAUCUGAACGAAUAAAUCGAUGUUUGCAAUCGGAUACCCGG